GUAGAAGAAACCGGAUAUGGCGGGUUCUGCAAAUUCAAACAGAAAACUGGGCAGUAUUUGUAAUUAAAGUCCAGCAGAAUGGCAGAGGGCAGUAUGGGCUGCUACUUUGUACAGCCAAAUGAGGGAACAUGCUCAGAGAAUUCUCAAUUAACAUUCAAGGUUGCAGAAGAAAAAAUGUUGGAACCCAAAUGGAUAAAUGAAAAGGACUGUUUCGACUUCAAGACCAAACUUAAAAACACAUUUUUUGUAAUUGACCCAUUUGGGGGAGAAGCAUAUGAACAUUUGAAGAAUUUGGGAUGCAGAAUCCUUGGACCACAUGUAGUUUUAUGGGCCCUGAACAGUUUACAGAGUGUUCCAAAAUCUUCACACCCUUUGUACUGCCUGUCAAUGAAGGGAAUGCAAGUCAGCGUCACAAAUGUUUCUAAAAAGCAACGUGGUGAACUUCUAGAUCUAGUGUCUAUGAUGGGAGGUACACCAUGUAAGGACCUCACAAGUGAAGUCACACAUCUAGUGGCUGGAGAACCAGGCUCAAAGAAAUAUAUUGCUGCUGGGUCUUGGGGCAAGAAAAUCAUGUCUCCAGAAUGGGUUACUGAAGUAUGGAAACAAUGCCAAUCUGAGCCUGUGGGAGCUGACAAUGUUGCAUUUGAGAAAUUUCGCUGUCCAAUAUUCAAGGAUUUUGUGGUGACUGCUUCGGGAAUUUCAGCUCAGGAAAGAAAUGAAGUGAAACGCAUUGUCGAGGUUGAAGGAGGACGAUACACGGGAGAAAUGAAGAUAAACGAAUGUUCCCACCUCAUUAUUAACCACCCUAAAGGUCAAAAAUAUGAGUUUGCUCGAAAGUGGAAGAUUCAUAUAGUGACUUUCCAGUGGUUAUUGGAUAGUUAUGACAAGGGCUACUGCCAAGACGUUGCACUCUAUGGGGUGAAGGAUGAUCCUAAUUCCCACCCCCCUCCACAGGUCACCUCCACUCCAGCACACACUCAGCCAAGACGUCCAAGUGCAAUCAAUGACAUGAGUACUAUUGGUAAUAUGUCCACUACCAGUCAUAUAAAUGAGACCAACAUGACGUACAUGAGUCGAGUUAGUGAGGAACAAGACCCAUAUGAUGCUAUAGAUCUUACUCAAGAUAAGCCAGAUAUGUUCCUAGAUGGAUGCAAGAUUUUCCUGAGUGGUUUCACAAGCCAGAAACUUGAAAUAUUACGUAAAAUAGUGAAUAUUGGAGGAGGUACAAGACUGAACAAAAUCACUGCUAACAUAUCUCAUGUUGUCAUGGGAGAAAAAAUAGCAUCUCAUGUGGAGCAAAUUGAGAAGGAAAAUAUAAGGCCCCAUAUAGUGCAUGGUCACUGGCUACUUCAGUGUUUCAAACAAGGGAAACAUGUUCCAGAAGCAGACUUUGAGUGCCUUCAACUAGCGCCUCAGGACCCCUUGUCUCCUAGUAUAAAAAGGCAAAGUCUGAACAUCUCUACAGCAAGAAAUAAAUCAGCAAAUGAAUCCUUGCGAGCACCAACAGAAGAUGAUGAUGUCACAAUGAUGGAGAACCCUCCUGAAGUUGAUGAUGUCAUGAGUCAGUACCUCCCACAGAACAACAUACCAGAUUUGACAGAUGAUAGUGCACUUCUAAGAGCUGUCGAGGGAGUUGAAAAUGACAUGGCACCUAAAGGGGACAGCAAGGAACCUAUCAGCAAUGCACCCGAGGAGACCACUAGACCUGAUGACAGUGGAGAUGAAACACCAGAUGAGAUAGAGGGAAUGCCUGCUGAAGUCCCCACCCAGCAAAGCAUACUUGGUGGCAAGACAUUUGUGAUUCUGGGUUUUGAGACAGAAAUGGAAAGUCAACUGGUAGAGCUGGUCAAUGAAAAUGGAGGGAAGGUGUUUGGGCCUACUAAGAAGGGAGUGCCUGACUAUGGGGUGGUUCCCAUCCUAGGGUGUGAGGUGACCCGUACAGUGGGGGAGGUUGUCACAAAUGCUUGGCUGCAAAUCUGUAUAGAGGAUGAGAUGGUGCAUGAAGCCAACAGCAACCCUGCAUUUGUCCCAGUAGAGCUACAACUAGAUGUACAGCCAUUGGAUGAUUGUGUUGUCUCCAUAAGUGGUUACAAAGGCACAGAGAGAGAUUGUCUGAUGCACCUGGCAGAACUUCUUGGAGCGAAGAGCCAGGAGUACUUUGUGAGGAGGGCUAGUAAAGGUUACCUUGCUACAACACACCUGCUGAUCAAUGAACCAGGCGGCUCCAAGUAUGAAGCUGCUAAGAAAUGGGGCAUUCCAAUCGUCACCAACAAAUGGAUAUUUGUAGCUGGAAAGACUGGUAAAAAACCACCAGAAGAGAAGUACCAUAUAGAUGCAGAGACUGCUGAUCAAAACACUAGUGUUAUUGCAAAUAAUGUUGCAAACACUUCAACUGCACAAGCGCCUGAAACGCAUGUGCAACAAAACAAACAGACCGUAGUAUCACACACAGAAAGGACAUCGAUUACAACUACACCUAAACCAUCCACACCAAAACCAGACACACACAAGGCAGCCACACCACUAGUAACACCAAAACCUGCCAUGCCUAAAGAAGCUACGCCUGUUUGGGUCUCAAAUGCCGAAGCCUCAGAUAAUCAUUUGAAAGAUGCACUGAAGAACUCUAUUAAACGGCAAAUGGUGAAGGAGAUUAACUUCAGGACUCCAAAACUUGUAAACAGCAGAGUAAAAGCCCUGAUGAAUACAGAAGGUAGUGGUAAACCAUCCUCUCUACUCACUCCCAACCAUCUUGCUGGUGUUGAGUCACCUAGUGCUUUCCUAGAUCCAAAUAAAUCAUGGUAUCCAGAUUUUGACUUCUCUGGUAUAAUAGACCAGAUAGAAUCACCAGAAGUCAACAGGAGAAAGUCUAGUUUGUCAGAUGAUGAGUUGAAGACUUUACUCAAGGAAGCCAUGGUGAUUGCCCUCAAGAACUCUGAGUUGUCUGAUGAGAGUAGUGCUGAUGAUGAAUCUGCUGAACAGUCAGCUAAACAAGCUAAAGUCCAGUCUCCAGUAGCUCCCUUACAUGGUGUAGUAAUAGGAGUGAGUAAGAAACUAACAGCCAGACAAGCUGAUUUUAACAGUAUUGCUAAUGCCCUUGGGGCUGAUUACAGGUGGACUUACGAUACCUCCUGUACCCACUUCAUAUACCAGAGCAAUCGCUCCAAUGACAUGACUAAAGAGUUCCGGCUAGCAAAAGAACAGGCCAAGCAUAUUGUCUCUCCACACUGGCUCACUGUGUGUCAAGAACAGAAUGCCAGAGUUGACGAAUCCUUGUUUCCACACAACUACAAUCCAAACAUGACCUUGUCUAUUUCCAAGAAAACUCCUGCAAGGACAAGACUGUCCAGACGGUCAAUGCGGCAGCCUAUCAAAGAAAAACUUACAAUAGAAAAUAGCACCAAACAAAAUGACUUGAGGUUAACAGAAGACAAUACAAUGAAAAAUACUAAAUUGAAUGAAUUAACACUUGUGACCAAAUCAACAGAUGUGGAUGUAAAAUGUGAUGAAAAGACUAAUAGUAUAACUGAUAAAGACACUACUAAAAGUGAGAAAGUGAAUAAUGAUGUUGAAAUGUCCACAAAAGAAUCAAAUGUAUCUAAUCAAGAGACUAAAAAGAGUGAUAGAGAUCUAUGUGGGGCUGUUCCACAUGAUGAAAGUGCUAAUGAUGGCUUUGAUAUGGACACCACACAGAGUGAUGAUGAAGCUUUGGCACAGGCAGCAGCUGAGGUUACCAACCAAGGCCCUGAAACACAGGAGAUGAAAACAAACAGCGCUUCCCUAGAAAUGCGAGAUGAAAUAACUAAACAACUAGAGCAUGUAAUGGCCUCUGUAGCUAAUAAACCUGCUAGAAAAAGAAACAGUCGCAUAAACUCUGCUAAUUUGAAUUCCUCUGGGGAGAAUCCUGCUGACAGAAGCCGUCCUUCUUCAAGGACCAGGGGCAUUGUGACAUACUCAUUGGAGAGGAAGGAUAGUGAUGGUACAGGUAGACGAUCAACAAGGAGCGCAGCAAACGCUCGAGCUAUAGAGACUGAUACAGAGGCCUCUCAGAGGGUCCAGUUUACAUGGGAUGAUCCAAGAGCACGGAUGGAGAAGGAACGUUUGGCUGAGCAGUUGAAUGGAUCCCUCAGUCCAGAACCUCUCUCAGAUAUACCAGACAAUGAAGCAGAUGAGUCUAUCAUAACUUUUAAAAAUCCUAUGAGUUUGACAUCCCCCAAGGAGCGCAAUGAGGACAGCAAUAGUAAUAGUAAAGACAGAAUAACAACUCCUGAGCCUCCCCCUCUAGCAUUCCCUCUACCCAAGAAUAGCCACCAGGAGACAGCACAACCUAUAGAGCUUAUAGAAGAGGAGUCCAGAGAUCUCCCACAGGAGAACAUAAAACCAAAGGAGCCACCAUUCUUUCUACUUUCUGGCCUGACCCCCGAGGAGAGAGAUGAUUACGGGGCAUUAGUUGAGCAGAUAGGUGGCACUGUAUCAGACUCACUGUGCUACGACCCUAGGUGCACACAUCUAGUCAUAGGUCAGCCUACCCGUAAUGAGAAGUUUCUGUCCUGUGUGGCUGCUGGGAAAUGGGUGCUGCACAAGUCUUACCUAGAGGAAUGUAGGGAAGCUGGUCACUUUGUAGAGGAGGCAGAACAUGAAUGGGGGAGUGAUAACACUUUAGCACUACUAGCUAACAACCCUAAGGGAGAGCAAGCAAAGAAGUUAGCACGGGCAGCUAAAAGAUGGCGCAAUCGAUUGCAAGAUGAGAAUCAGAAAGGGGCAUUUAGCGGAUGGCGCUCAAUUGUAUAUACCGACACCACUAAAGCUAGUGGCUUCUCUAGGCUAUUGCAAGCUGGUGGGGCAGAGGUGACAGCGACGAGACCACCAUUCACACAACUCAACAAUGUCUCACAUGCCUUCAUGGAGCUACAUAAAGUCAAUGAAAAGAUUGACUUGGCAUUAUUCCUGUCUGCAGAGGUGAAAUGUUUAAAGCCUGACUACAUAGCAGCCUUCCUCACUGAUGACCCUCCACCUGACACUGGAGCUCAUUGUAUUCCUGAGGUCUCAAAACUUAAGGCACAAAUGAAUAAUGAAACAGAAGAGUUAAGUUUACCAAAAACCAGAAAACGUAAGCCUUCAACAGUAACGACACCUAGUGGCAAAAGGACCAGGAAACGAUGACAAAGCAACUCUCCAUCCAUCAUUAUAAAGAAUUAAUAUUUUGGAGGAUUUUUUCUCUGAGGUUCAGUGAAUGAAUACAUCCAACAUUUGAGUUAUAUUGAUAAAUAUGGACAACCUGUUGUGUAUGACUUUAUAAUCUGAAACUGCCAACCAGACAACCCAGUCACUUUUGGUGAAUUUGUCGAUUUAAAAAUUGAAACAAUUUCCAUCUUUGUCAAAAUCUUAGAUAAAUCCUUUGUUCUUUGUUUACGGUGGAGCAAAAAGUGACAUGGUCAGAAGUUGAACAGAUUUGUACCUUUUAUUGUUAUUACCACAUAAAUGCGCCACAUGAAGCAUUAAUAUUUAGAAAGAAAAACAUGUACAUUGUCGUGGUAAUGACACUGUUGGGAUAGACUAUAAUUCAUACUGGGACAUUGAAGAACUGGUUACAAAAGGUGUUCACUCGAGAGAAGUGUUAAAAUUGAUUAUUUAUGAUUUAAUACUACAAGACUAAAUGUCUUAAAUGUAAUCUCUUAUUUAAUGAUACCUUGUGGUACUGUAUGUAAAUAUUCACAUAUUAGCUGUAGUAAUAGUACAUGUCUAUAGGAUGUUCAAGUGCAGUUUAAAAACUGAGAUUUUUGAAUUAUUUCAGUUAAAGUUUGUCAAAAUGAGCUUUUAAACUUUUUUUUAAUAAUGAACAUUGAUGAGCAUGUUAUUUAAUUCUAUUUUUAAUUGUAAAGUUUGUACAUGUAU